GGUCCAAAGCCCAAUUAUACUACUCUUCGUCAGAAACUGAUAGAUUCUUCUCAUUCCUUUAGCAAAAAUUCAAUGGCAGGCGCUGGAAGUUCUGAGUUUAAUCCCGAAUCUGUCAUUUCUUACAAAUUUCCUGAGACUUUAUAUACUUAUACUGAAAGGGAUGCUGCUAUUUAUGCAUUAGGCAUCGGAGCAUGUGGAAAUGAUGCUGUUGAUAAUAAAGAGCUCAAAUAUGUCUAUAAUGCAGAUGGGCAGGAAUUCAUCCAGGUCUUGCCAACUUUUGUUGCGUUGUUUGUUAAUGGAGUUGGUUCAGAAAUAUCGAAGAUUCCGGGCUUGCAAUAUGAUCCGCGCCUUCUACUGCAUGGACAACAAUACAUUGAAAUCUACAAGCCCCUUCCUUCUAGUGGUUGUAUACUAAAUAAAGCGAGCGUUGCAGGAUUGCACGAUAAAGGUAAAGCAGCUGUUAUUGAAAUUGAAAUUGUGAGUUACGAGAAAGAGUCAGGUGAACCCCUAUGCAUGAACCGGAUGUCUAUUUAUUUGAGAGGUUCAGGUGGAUUCUCAAAGCCAUCUCGGCCUUAUUCUUACUCUAGAAAUCCAAGUAAUCAGACUGCUUUUCCUAAAAUCCCCAAAAGUCAACCUUUUGCUGUUGUCGAGGAAUGUACACAAGCAUCACUGGCUUUGCUGUAUAGGCUAUCUGGUGAUGACAAUCCCUUGCAUUCUGAUCCUCUGGUUGCAAGUAUUGCAGGAUUUUCUCGCCCGAUACUGCAUGGGCUGUGCACGCUUGGAUUUGCAAUUAGGGCUAUCAUUGGACGUAUUUGCAGAGGUGACCACACCUUGAUCAAGAGCAUAUCUGGCAGAUUUUUGCUACAUGUCUAUCCAGGGGAAACCUUAAUCACAGAAAUGUGGCCUGAAGCCUCGAGAGUUAUAUAUCAGGUGAAGGUUAAAGAACGCAACCGGGCAGUGCUUCUGGGAUUUGUGGAUCUUGAUCGUAUUAAUUCGUCUCUGUGAAUUCUCAUGGUGUUUCCAAGGAGAGGACACCUUAAUAAUUUAAGUUUGUUUUCCUUUAUCUAACUAAAGUACAUUCUUGUACUCAAGCAAUAGAUAUUGAGGAUCAAAAGCCUAUGGCUACUAGCUAAAAAAUAAAGCCAUGAUUGUUGUUAAUAUGUGUGAUGAAUGAUGGGCAAUAAUGUGCCAGACACAGUUCAUAGAGACUAGUAUUGUAAAAAAGUUAGAUCGAAUUUUGAAAUUUAAAGGUAUUUUGAUAAUUGAUACGACAA